UAAAAAUAUUCUAAGAUAGUUAAUUAGCGAAAUAAUUAGAAUUCUUCGCACAGAAAGGAACGAUCAGAAAGAUGAGCAUUCCCGGAAGUGUGCAGGUCAUCGGACCUGUGGAAGAAUCCGACGAACUUAUCAUCCGACCGCUUGGGGCCGGUCAAGAAGUUGGACGUUCCUGUAUUAUGCUGGAAUUUAAGGGGAAGAAAAUUAUGUUGGAUAUCGGUAUUCAUCCAGGUCACACGGGGAUGGAAGCUUUGCCGUUUGUAGAUCUUAUCGAGGCAGACGAAGUCGAUCUUUUACUAGUUUCACAUUUCCAUUUAGACCAUAGUGGAGCACUUCCCUGGUUCUUGUUAAAAACCGCAUUUAAAGGUCGAUGUUUCAUGACCCAUGCGACCAAAGCUAUUUACAGAUGGUUGUUAUCAGAUUACAUUAAAGUCAGCAACAUUUCCUCAGAUCACAUUUUGUACACAGAUCAAGAUUUAGAAGCAUCAAUGGAGAAAAUCGAAGUUUUAAACUUCCACGAAGAGAAGGAAGUGAAGGGGAUUAAAUUUUGGGCUUAUCAUGCCGGUCAUGUCUUAGGAGCUGCAAUGUUCAUGAUAGAAAUAGCUGGUGUUAAAGUUCUUUAUACGGGCGACUUUUCACGGCAAGAGGAUCGUCAUCUUAUGGCUGCUGAGAUUCCUUCCGUUAAACCGGAUGUUAUGAUUGUGGAGUCGACCUAUGGAACUCAUAUUCAUGAGAAACGAGAAGAACGCGAAAGUAGAUUCACAGGAAUUAUUCAUGACAUUGUGAACCGAGGUGGACGUUGUCUCAUUCCUGUAUUUGCAUUAGGACGAGCACAGGAAUUGUUAUUGAUUCUCGAUGAAUAUUGGUCCCUUCACCCAGAAUUGCACGAUAUUCCAAUCUACUAUGCCUCAUCUUUAGCGAAAAAGUGCAUGGCCGUGUAUCAAACGUAUAUCAACGCAAUGAAUGAAAAAAUUCGCAGACAAAUUGCCAUUAAUAAUCCUUUUGUCUUUAAACAUAUUUCUAAUCUUAAGAGCAUCGAUCACUUUGAAGACGUUGGCCCUUGUGUUGUAAUGGCAAGUCCUGGAAUGAUGCAGAGCGGAUUGAGUAGAGAAUUAUUCGAGUUGUGGUGCACCGACGCUAAAAACGGUGUAAUAAUCGCCGGUUACUGUGUUGAAGGAACGCUUGCUAAAACAAUACUUUCCGAACCGGAAGAAGUAACUUUGAUGAAUGGGAACAAAGCUUUGCUAAAAAUGAGUGUGGAUUACAUUUCGUUCUCCGCACAUACAGAUUAUGAACAAACUUCUGAGUUUAUUAGGAUUUUAAGACCACCAAAUAUUGUACUUGUUCAUGGCGAAGCGAAUGAAAUGAAUCGUUUAAAAGCCGCAUUGCAGCGUGAAUUCGAAGGGGAAAAGAUGACAAUUUACAACCCAAAAAAUACUGUCGCCAUCGUAUUACGUUUUCGUGGAGAAAAAAUGGCCAAAGUGAUGGGAUCCCUGGCCUCCUCUGUUACCGGAGAGAGAGGAAAAUCUAAGAAAUUAUCCGGAAUAUUAGUGAAGAGGAAUUUCAAUUACCAUAUUCUCGCUCCAUCAGAUCUCCCAAAAUACACCGACCUCACAAUAUCGACUGUGACACAGCGUCAAAGUUUAUCAUUUGCAGGAUCAUUUGAUAUCUUAAAGAAUAGUCUUCUACACUUGGCUAAAGAUAUCAAGAUUGAAGAAUCCAAGAAAAAUCCAACCGUUCGCGUGUUCAAUACGGUUGAUGUCUCGUAUGAUGCUGAGAAUAAAUUCGUCACCUUAGAAUGGAUCGCUUCACCGUUGAAUGACGUCUAUGCUGAUGCCGUGUUGGCAAGUAUUUUACAAGUUGAUGCAUGCAGUAGAACGACACGACCUGCGGAUAUUGUUGCGCCUCCAGGUGAAGGGAGUGCCAAUCCUGAUACAAGCUUCGAUCAUUUUAAAGAAUGUGUUAUGGAUACGCUGCAGGACAUUUUUGGACGAGAUUGCGUCUCCAAAGUGAAAACGCAACAGACAACGGUAGACAUUGUUGUUAAUAAUCAUAAAGCUACGUUGGACUUUGAUAAGCUGGAAGUGAAAUGCGAGACCGAUGAAGGACUUGAGCAAAUUGUAACGUCGGUGGUAACACGACUACAUAAAACAUUAAUUCCCAUCGUACAUCAGACUACUUAAUCCUUAAAAUAUUUACAUUUGUUUUUACACUUUUGUUGUAAAUAAAUAACAUUGAAUAAAACUGCAUGUGAUAUGUUUACAUCUCUUAAAAAGA